AUGCAUGCAUUCGACGACAAACACAGCUCGGAGAAAGACGAAGCGAGCGAAUCUGAAGAAGAGCAGCUGGACCGAUGGCGCCGCCUCAGGCAGAAGCAACAGGGGUGCUCUGUGUUGCCUGUGGAGGCACACAAACCUGCUGUGUGUCUCCUCGUUUUCCUUCUCUUCUUCCUCACGCUCUUCUUUGCCGCCGCGAUCCUCACCACCGACGUCGAGCGCCGUCAUGCGACGAGGCAGGCGAUUCGCCGAAAUAUUUUCCAGGCCGCGUUUCUCCAGGCUCCACAAGCGACUCAGAGCGCUUCUCAGCAAGCGAGUUCAGAGACGCCGAACGAGCAGCCAGAAUCCUCCUCACUCGGCGCAGACGCCGCAGCGAGAAGGCGCCUCGAUGCAGACUCCGAUGAAGCUCUUCACGGGAUCUCUUCUCCCCUCGGAGAUCUGCUCGUCGUCGAGGAAGCGCGUCUCUCCGUAGUCAAAGGCGCCCUCGCCUCCAAUUCGAGCGCUACCUCCAAGCGGCUUCUCCUGAAACUCUGGAAAACCUCAGGUGGCGGCACCUACGAGGUGGACUUCAGAUCGGUCUACGGCAUGCCAUGGGGCUACGACAUCACUCCGCAGUUGAACGAACUGGACGCGGGCGGAUGGCUCUCCCCCCUCACGACUUCGCUUUCCGUCCGGUUGCUCCUCAGAGACAACUCCGGAGACGCCUCAUAUGUUGAGGUGAGCUUCACACAGCUGGCGACAGGGCUGAUCGUCCCCAAAUGCUCGAUUUUCGUGAACCUCGUUUCCAGCUUCCUCGUGUCGAUUAUUGUCGCGGGUCUGUUCUUCCUCGUCACCGUCUGCUACCUCUUCGUGGAGAUCUACGCCUACCAAUAUGUCAAGCGAGCGAAUCGCGACGCAGGCCAGCAGCAAGGAGCUUUUUCGGCAUACUUUCUCGGACGGUGGGAGAUUUUGGGAACGACUGCAUGCGGCUUCGUCACAGCGCUGCUUCUUUGCGGACGCGUCGUUCUCUCAAAGGUCUUGCCAGACGCCAACACAUUCAGCUACAUCCACCUCAUCGACAUCCUGGACGACAUGACGCGGUUUUUGGUAGUCGCCACAACUUUCUUCGCGAUGAUGCGAACCCUGCGAUUCCUCACGAGCGUCAGUCUUUUCUUCUUCAUCGUCCAGAGCGCGCUGAAAACGGCGCUGCGAGAAUUCUCCGGAGUGCAGCUCGUGGCGGCGCUCGCGAUUCUCGGCGUCGCCGGCGCAAACUAUCUUCUCGCAGGUGGGCGAGAAGCGCCCUUUGGGACCUACGGAGACUCCAUUUUCCAGACGCUCAGUCUGCUGUUCGGAUCGCCGAUGCUUUUCUCUUUGCCUCCGGUCGGUGCUUUUUACUCUCUUGUUCUCAUCCUUGUGUGGUGGACGAUUCUCCUCCCCAUGUUGGUUGCCCUCGUCGUCUACGCGGUGCGGAAAGUCAUGUCCAAGACAGGUUUAACAGAAACGGAGAUGCUUGGUGCCGAGAUGGCAACCCAGGCGAGAGACUUCCUCGCAGAGUUCGUUUUCUGCUGCACCCCCGACCCAGGACGACAUGGCAGUUCUGAUGAGAUUCGGCGGCUCCGCCAGGAGGCAGAGCUCGCGGAGAUCGAGAGACAGCAAAAGGCCUCCGAGAAGCGCGUGGAGGAGGCGCGCAUGGCGUCGUCGGAUCCAGAUACGAAGAUAUUUCCGUCGCGAGUGCUGCUCUGUCUCCUCUUGCUCUUUUCUGUCUUCUUCGUCGCCGGGAUAUCCCUGCUCUUCGACGCCCCGCGCGUGUACAGAGACCAUACAGCGACAAACCAGCUGGAGAGCAGACGUUUCUUGUCUACCGAUCCGUUCGCUUCGAAAAGCCUGCUCGAGCUCACUCCGCCUCUCGACUUUCGCGACGACCUCUGCGCGACGACCGACUCCGAAAGUUCAGAAAAUGGAGACGCCGAGCCCCCGGCAGAAAACAACCUCAAGGCGCGAGGCGAAGGUGCACAGAAGCUUCAGAAUGUCCUCAACGCCCUUUCGGAGCCGUUGCCGCGGACGCUGCGUCUGAAGGAGAUUUCUUCUCUGCAGGGCAUCUACGACUGGCUGGAAAACGUCUUCGCAGAAGAAGUUCUGAAUGCUGCGUACGCGGCGCCUGGCCUCGCGCACAGGGCGCCCCUGGCGAAUCCUGGCGCCCUCCUCAUCGUCAAGCGCGUCAGCCUCCAGUGUCGCUCGACCGCUUCUCCCCUCUAUCGGGUCUGCCCUGUUACGCGGCGGAGUGUCAGUGCCUUCUCUUCUCUCACGUCCGACGCGUACGGACUCAACGGUGCUCGCUUCACUGCAGAUCCUGACGAACGCGUUUACCGUGUAGGUCUGUUCUUCACUCCCGUUCUCUCUGGCGCCGCCAUAAACGCUUCAAAUCCUCCCUCUACGUCGCCUGCUGACAACGCCCGUACCACACCGAACUCGGCUUCUCCGUCUUCUCCUGUCUCUUCUUCUCCUCUUCCGGUGUCUUCUUCUUCCACGAGGAGCUCCGUUGCUUCUGCGGAGGCUGGGGCGCCUUCGCGUCGUCUCUCUCCUGGUGUCUCCUCGGUGUCUCCCCGGAGACUGGGAGAUCCAGGAGACCAGGGAGAUGGAAACGGAGAUACUUCUUCGAAUGUCUCCUCCGGAGUCCCCUCGGUUUCUCCUCCGAGCACGGGCAGGGCGACUGCCGGGGUCCUCUCCGGCCUUCUCGGCUCUCCGCGAGUCGCCACUCUGGAUCUCACGGCUGAGGAGUUUGCGGCGCUUUACCAAGGUCCUUCCAGCAUGAGAGGAAAAGUCCAAAGCCUCAAAAUCGGCGGAUUUCUCGACUACCAGCUCGCCACUCUUGACGUCGUCUGGAUCGACUUCAACGGAGAUUCCGGUGUAUACUUACUCAACAAGGUGACUUUCGACUUGGCAAACACAGGGAGCUUGACCGUCAUGCCUGCAGUAGUGGCGGUACCUUCGUGGACUCUCUCGCCGACCUCGGCUUCGGCUCAUGCGUCCUUCGUUCUCAUUGUCAUCGGGUCUCUCUGUUUUCUCCUGUACCUCUUCUAUUCGUACCACACGACCCAGAAGCGCAUUUACUCCUCUUCUCUCUUCAUCUUCCUCGACUUUCCGACUCUCAUCUUCCUCUCCCUCUUCGUCUUCUUCUACAUCUCCCUCCUCAACGUCUCCUUCACCCCAGGCUGGGAGUCCGUCGCCUCCAUCGGCCUCGCCGUCUCUCAGACCCAAGCUGCGACGACUCGCGCCUUUUCUUCUCUCACUCAACUCGCUUCGCGCUUCCUCUCCGGACUCAAUCACCGCCAGCUAAGCGGAGACUUCGGCGUCGGACUCGGAGACCAGGGAUUCGGACUCGGAGACCAGGGAUUCGGACUCGGAGACCAGGGAUUCGGACUCAGAGACGGUGGAGUAGAAGGGAGCCUGGGGGCGGCAGGCCGGGCACACAGUGUGGAGAGAGGGGACGGCGUUUUGUCGACUCCGACAGAAAAAGACGGAAGGGAAGGCUCCGACGCGCGUGGAUCUUCUUCGUCACUUGUUUUCUCCCCUUCUCCUCUUUCCUCUCCCUCUCUUUCUCCAUCCUCUUCUUCGCCUCCUCCCUUUUCUUUUUCUUCGUCGCCUCCAGCAUCUUCGUCUUGGCCUGCUGCUCCACCGCCUUCGUCUCCUUCGCCUGUCGUCUCCUCCUCUUCUCUUCCGCGGCGUCUAAGCGGGGCGGAUGAAUCGAAGGAGAAGGCCACUGGCGCGGUUUCCAGCUCCUCCAGUUCGGAGGGUGAAUUCGGCGACUCGCUGAACAUCCCCGGAAUCGUUCCAGGACCUGUGCAGCCGUGGUUGUGGGUCCCAGGCUCCUCGCCAGGCCCUCAAAAUUCUCCACCUCCGACUGCGGAGUCCACAGUUCGAUUUUUACGUCUGCAGGAGUCUCUCGAGGCGAAGAGCGACGCUCUGUUCCGCGCGAAAAUCCUCGCCGUUCUCACGCUUCUCAUGGUCGCGAUCCGAAUCUUGACCCUCGUGGCUGCCGUUCCUCACACCCUCCGCGAUGCCCGCAGGCUCAUCGAAAUUCUCUACGGAGCAGGCUCCCAAAUCGCUCUCGCAAGUGUCUUUGUCAUCGUCGCCUUCUUCGCCUUCUGCUUUGCCGGAUACACAAUUCUCGGUGCGCAGUUCCGUGGUUUCAGUACUCCGACGUAUUCCAUCGUCACCUGUUUGAUGGUGUUGACGUCGAAAUGGAACUUCAACGCGAUCACGGCGCCGGCGACCCAGCAGCAUUCCCUGACUUGGCAGUUCGAGGCGUUCGUCUUCUUCUUCUGCAUCGUUUUCUUCUGCUACUUGAAUUACCUCGUCCUCGCUUUCAUCUACCUUCGCUACUCGCAAGUCAAGCUCGAGACAACUGUCGAAGUCCAGGAACUCAUGAGCAAAUACGGCGUGGAAUGCAGACGCAGAAUAAACAUCGCCGUCAGCGGGACCGUCAUUCUCUACUGGAAAGCUUUUCUGAAGGCACUUCAGAUGGCGAUUUGCCAGGCGAAUGCAGAAGGACAGAUGGCGUCUCUGGACAGCCAGGCGGCUUUGCUUCGCGACCGUUUCUUCGAUGAUUUCCGCGGCCUCCCUUCCAUCGCUUCUCUCCCCUGUACCACCAAGGAGCGACUUGAGCGCGCUUUCCUCGGCACCCAGCUCGUUCGCAUUCAGCAGUACAUCACGGAUUUGGAGUUCCUCAAGGCGAAACAGUUUUUGAUUCUCUACGACCUAAAAGUCCUAGGUCAGCGACUCUCGAGUCUCUCGUCGUGCGUUUCGCCAGGCGCUCUCCGGCGUACCGCCUUUCUCGCCGCUUCCUUCGUCACUCGGUCGCUCCUCGCUCACACAGGGCAUGUAUACAUAUAUGCAGAAAAACGCGUAUCGAUGCUGCUGUCUGGAGUACCCGUCUGCUCAGAAAGAAGGAAGAGAUCGACUCUUUCCGACUGCGCCCCAAAAACGCGUCGCUUCUUCACUUGCAGGGGUGUCGGCGUCCAUCAUUCUGCUUGUAAACGUAUAUGUACACAGGCAUGCAAAUGUGUGCAUGGGUCCUGA